AAUCCUAAGGGUUUUGCCAUGCGUAUCAGGUGGACAGGCCGCCUCACCCCUUCACAAUAGGUGAGCUGGGAAUGGAGUCUCAAUCUCUGCUUAUAAAUGGCAAAACUGUAACCCUAUAAACCCAACGAGGACGGGCAAAAAGCGAAGCCCUCCACGCGGGCACAAAAAAAACACUAAAUUCAUUCGGUCUACGAAAUUUUCAGUGAAUGGGGAGAUGGAGAGCUUCUUUCCUCUUUUACCGUGUUAUAGCUGCAUCUAAAUCGACUAAUCCAAAUUUUCGCCCAAACCCACCUCUUAGAUCUUCAGUUUCUGCGCAGCCCAGAAAUCAAUUCUUGAAUUUCAGGUCUUUUUCUGCGUUCUCAUCUCCAUCCCCGUUCUAUGCUGAAGAUUUCGAUUAUAAGACUCCCAACUUUGAUCAGAAUCAGAAUUUGGAGGAGUCCAAGGGAAAUGAGGACGCCGGAAAAAUCUCAGUGAAAGCCUUUUUCCUUUGCACCAGUGUUGAUUUGAAGAGCAUGCAAGCUGAGAAUUCAGGCAAUGUUAUUCCUCCCACGUCACGUUCAUCUAACUAUAUUGCGCUCAGAUUUUGUGAUCCCCCACUGCAAGCUGGAAGCGUAUUUGAAGAGAAUGCUGGUUGCUGUCGUUACAUGGUUGUCUUCCAAUAUGGUUCAGCAGUCCUGUUCAAUGUGGAGGAUCAUGAAGCUGAAUACUACCUACAACAUGUUAGACGAUAUGCUUCUGGAUUGCUUUCUGAGAUGAAGAAAGAUGAUUAUGCCAUAAAAGAGAAGCCAUUGUUGGUAGACGAUAUGCAGGGAGGUCCAGAUCACAUUAUUCUGAAAAAUCUGGACCUAGAUAGUAUUCGCAUAAUUAGCAGCGUGCUUGGUCAAAGUAUAGCGCUGGAUUAUUUUGUCUCACAGGUUGAUGGUAUAGUUGAAGAGUUCACAGAUAUUAAUCGUGGUAUGGAGAAAAGUGGUACUUUCACAAUGGAUCGGAAGAAGCUCUUUCAACUUGUUGGAAAGGCCAACUCAAAUCUAGCUGAUGUGAUUCUCAAAGUCGGUCUUUUUGAGAGAUCAGAAAUAGCUUGGAGAGAUGCAAAAUAUGGGCAGAUACUGGACUACCUUCGAGAGGAAUACGAGGUCGCCCAACGAUUUGGAAAUCUUGAUUAUAAGUUAAAAUUUGUCGAGCAUAACAUUCAUUUUCUCCAAGAAGUGCUUCAAAACAGAAAGUCAGAUUUUCUGGAAUGGUGCAUCAUAGUUUUGUUGAGUAUAGAAAAUGUAAUAGGGAUAUAUGAGAUUGUUCGUGGAUCGACCGGAAUUGCAAUAUGAAAAUGAAAAGCGCAAUUUUUAUUUUUAUUUUUUACUUUUUUGGGCAGCAAUAAUACAAAUUAUUAUAUAGAAUAUUAUUUUGUCAUCUUCGUAUUUCUUUUUUCCUACUGAUUAUGUUUCGGUGGCCUC